AUGGGUUGUGGGUCGUCAGGUCAAGUUAUUCCAAGUCAGGAUACUUCCAACGACGGACCUAAAGCCGUAAACGGUAAGAGCGUUGGGAAAGGUCACCACGACGAUGACGACCUGCCGACUGUCGUGCUGCCUGAUACACCAGUUAAACCAAAACCACCAUUGGCCUAUGAGAUACCUCUGGAAGAGUUUCAAGGCAACCGAGGGGCAGCUGCUACGCCACCACCUCACGUACAGCGGUUGUUGCAGCUACCUAAUGUUGAUAUUAGUUUACCUGACAUAGAGGAGAAGUUGGCUGAAGCAGAGCAAAGAAGACAGUCGAUUCUUCAACAGCGGGUCUCGUCUGCUCAAAAGAGGGUACAGAAAAUGAAAUCGUAUUACGACAGUAAUAUCUUGAACAAUCAAAAUUCCGAGCCCAACAAGCACGGAUCUAAUACCUUGACCAUCCCACCAGAACCAGGAUUGUGUGAAGAUAAAAACAUAUGA